AUGCAGAUCUUCGUAAAGACCCUUACGGGCAAGACCAUCACCCUCGAGGUGGAGUCUUCCGACACCAUCGACAAUGUCAAGAGCAAAAUUCAGGAAGGCAUCCCCCCAGACCAGCAACGCCUAAUCUUCGCCGGCAAACAGCUCGAGGACGGCCGCACCCUCUCCGACUACAACAUCCAGAAGGAGUCGACCCUGCACCUCGUCCUACGCCUCCGCGGCGGCGCCAAGAAGCGCAAGAAGAAGGUCUACACGACCCCGAAGAAGAUCAAGCACAAGCGCAAGAAGACCAAACUCGCCGUCCUCAAGUACUACAAGGUCGAUGGCGAUGGGAAGAUCGAGCGCCUGCGCCGCGAGUGCCCUACUCCUGAGUGCGGCGCCGGUGUUUUCAUGGCCGCCAUGCAUAACCGCCAGUACUGUGGGAAAUGCCAUCUCACCUACGUCUUUGACGAAUCCAAAUAAAAAAGUCGAUAGGCGGAGCGGGGUGGAGGUUGGUUGGUUGGUUGGUUUGUCGGUUUGAUUUUUGGUUCAUCUGCUUCGGUACGAGACAAAAGGGGCAAAAUAAAUAUAUAUUUUACUACCCGGGCCUGUACUUUAGAGUGUGAAAUGAAAUCAGACGACCUCCAUAUUUUAGUUCA